CUCGGGAGUUGCAGGUUUUAGGGCCAGGCAAAAGAUUGUAGGAAGGUGAAUUCCCAGCAAAUCAGAGCUCGGAAUUCCACAAUCUUUUGCACCCCCCCUAAAUACUGCAACUCCCGCAGUGUCUGUCUUGAACGUAUCAUGGCUGUGGGCACCGCGAGACUGCCGACCAGGCAAACAAUUGGCUCGGGCAUUGAGUGGCGUACCAGUUCCAUCUCCAUCUACGAUGGUCCCUGUCGACACCUUACUCGGCACAUCAGGGCCGAGGUAUACUAUCGUUCAGUCUAACACCGAACUGUCCGAGCCAAUAUGUUUAGCGCGGUUACACACCCAUCCCCUUGCUAGCGACUUGGCUCUCCGGCCUCACGUACCACUUCGUUCUUCUAAGGCUGGGCCUUCUGUAUCUUACCACUGACGACCUCUGAUUUGACGCAGGGGUUUCAUAGUACCGACUAUAGGUGCGGGCCGCCUAAGGACGUUCCUUUACCCUCUCCUCGGAGCUGCCUCCUAAGCUAUGUCAGACAUGACUUAUCAAUUGCGAUCCGAGAAGGAUUUCGUUGUCAAGUCUCUAUACACCGGGCAGGAAAAGAGCGGUAUUGUGAUAUUGAUUGCUGCAUCGGCGAUCUCAUGCGUGGCAGUCUUGGGCCUUCUCUCUGCCAUUUCACUGUCUGCAUUCAAUACCCGCACUUCUGCCAGUCCGCAUCUCUUUGUCCGUACCCAUGUCGCGGCCUAUUUCAUGUCCUUAAUGGUCUCAGACCUUAUGCAAGUGGUCGGUUCCAUUAUGAAUGCUAAAUGGGUGCAUGAGAUGGCGGUGACCUAUGAGCAUUUCUGCACUAUCCAAGCGUGUAUCAAGCAGGCCGCUGACAUCGGUCUCGCCUUGUGGUCUUUGAUUAUAGCUGUUCAUACCUUCAACGUUCUCUUCUUACGCUUGGAGGUGCCUCGUGUCGCCCUGUACGUGACCAUAGUGGGUGGGUGGUCUACAGUGGCUGCGCUAGUGAUUGCAGGGCCGGCUACUUCGAGUAAUCAGGACGGGCCGUUCUAUGGUAUUUCAGGAUACUGGUGUUGGAUAACAGACCUGUACGCGACGAAGCGAUUUGUCCUGGACUAUAUGAUAAUGUUUAUCUCCGCUUUACUGAGCUUCGUCCUAUACGCUCUGAUAUUCCUACGCUUGCGCGGGAUCCUCAUCGUAGAAGGCAGACAUAUCAGCUUCCGAGUGCGUCCCGCCCUAUCGGGAUCCCUUGGGAACAGAAUGAAUGAAUCAUAUGUGGCAUCUGUCACGAGGCGUAUGCUUUUGUAUCCGAUCGCCUAUACCAUCAUUAUAUUACCCAUUGCAGUGGUCCGCUUUGUCGAGUGGUCCGGCCACAAUGUUUCAUUCUCUCUGACUAUUGCAUGCGAUACGGUCUACCUUUUCUCAGGGGCCAUCAACGCCAUCCUAUUCUCAACGACUCGACGGAUUCUGCCACCCCGCAGCGUCCUCGGAAAACUCGCGAUCUCCAAGCCGCAUCUGAUCGAGAGCUCUUCGGCAGUGGAAUCAACGCUGGCGCCGGAGAACGACCCAUACUAUGCCCACGCCGGCGCUUAUGCCAAGAAGAAAGGCGCUGGUCAGCUCGCUGACGAUGAGCCGCCCAUGCUGGACAGCCCAGACCCUGAGACAUCCUCAGUUGAGCAUUCUGAGUAUUCAUUCGACUCGGAGUCCACUGUUCCGCAUCUUUAUCCGUGUCCGGCACAUAUGCCUCCCAUUAGACCUCAGCGCGGCCACGAGGCGCAAACCUUGUAUAGCACUGAGAGCGCGCCAGGGAUAUCGGGUGCGAGUCAUGAGCGAUUCUAGGCGGGUUAUGAACGAUUCCCGAUGCUGCGCUCGUUCCUUGCAGGGACAAGAGUUUGUUGUGUAUAUUAUUACAAUACAUGCAACCGUAUCAUUACGGCGACUCAUCAUC